GGUAGUUUGGAAUGCCUCAAAUAUGCACAUGAAAAUGGCUGUCCCUGGGACAGUCAUACAUGCAGUUUUGCUGCUGAAACUGGACAGCUUGAGUGCCUCAAAUACGCCAGGGGAAGGGGAUGUCCAUGGGAUGCAUGGACAUGCUUUUACGCGGCUGAAGGAGGUCAUUUGGAUGUUUUAAAAUGGGCUGUUGAAAAUGGAUGUCCUCUCGAAGGAGAGUUUGUUCUGAGUAGCAAGGUUGCAGCUUCGAAAAAAGGGCACCUAGACUGUCUCAAGUUUUUCCAAGAACAAGAAGGAGACACGUUUUUGCAUGAAGAUCUCUUUGACACCUCAGCAAGGGGAGUACUCGAAUGGCUUUGUUUUGAGGCUACUGCUCGUGGUACUUUGGAGGAGCUUAUUCUGAGUGGCAAGGUUGCAGCUGCGAAAAGGGGGGACCUGGACACUCUCAAGUUUUUCCAAGCACAAGAAGGAGACACAUUCUUGCUUGAAGAUCUCUUUGACAACGCAGCAAAAUAUAUCCGUUGGGGAGUACUCGAAUGGCUUUGUUUGGAGGCUGCUGCUUGUGAUAAUUUGGAGCUCCUUGAAAAGGGCCUUCAGCAAUGUCCCUCCCACCUACUCGCUCGCUUGGCUGGCUCAGGACCUUGA